GGGGCUGGCUUCUCCAGGGCUUCGCGGUCCUCCAACCGAGCCGCCAAGGGGGGAGUUUUGCGGGGAGGGGGCGCUGCCUGAUACACUGGGCCCAUUUAGACAACAGUUAGAAAACGGAGGCCCAAUAUCCAGCAAGCGAGGGAGCUGGAAAAGGAAGCUGUGAGGAGAUUAGAGCAGGAAGUGCACAUAUGAUGAUGGAAGAGAAGACCAUGGGUUCGGAGGUCCAGCAUUGGCACUUCAGGAAUAUCCACUACGAGGAGGCUAAGGGCCCCCGAGAGAUUUGCAGUUAUCUCCAUCACUUUUGCCGUGGGUGGCUGAAGCCAGAAAGAUACACAAAGGCCCAGAUGCUGGACCUGGUUGUUCUGGAGCAGCUCCUGGCUAUCCUUCCCCCAGAGAUGGAGGGCUGGGUGCGAGAGUGUGGAGCAGAGACCAGCUCCCAGGCGGUGGCUCUGGCGGAAGGCUUCCUCCUGAGCCAAGCAGAGGAGCAGAAGGGGCAGGUCGAGUUGCAGGGGCAAGAAUCCUUCCUUCAGAUGGUCCCAAAAUUUCCCACGGGGAGGAGUAAUCCUUCAAGUCUCUUUCCAGAGCUUGGAGCCUCUGUAGAUGAUCAAAAUUCUGACAUCUUUCUAGGGAAUGGAACUAUAUCAUGGGCAGCUUUGGGAUUAUCUCCCUUGCUUGGUGGAAUCAAGACACUGACAGAAGCUCCAACUCCGGGUCGUGUGUCCUUUGAGGAAGUGGCGGUCUAUUUCUCCAAGGAGGAGUGGUCUCAACUGGAUUCUCACCAGAAAGCCCUACAUGGGGAAGUGAUGCUGGAGAAUUCCAGGAACGUAGCUUCUCUGGGAAGUGAUGGCCAGUGUGAAAUGAUUCAGGACGGAGAAGGGAAACAGGAGUUUAGAAAUUGGACACAGUCCAGAAUUCCUGAGAAGAACAAGUCAAUACCUAGGAAUAAGAAACCAACAUCCAAGUGUGUGCAGAAUGAAAAUAUUCUUGCCCACCAAAAUCCCAAAGGAAAAAUAAGGACAAAAGGUUUAGGGAAAAGUGUAAAAGUACCAAAAGACCAUUUAAAUUUGGAUAUGCGCAACAGAACCAACGUUAGAAGAAACCAAAAUGGGUGCAGGGAGAAUGAAAACAGUUUGAGCUGGAGAGUCAAAAUGGGAGAGAAGCCAUAUAAAUGCAUGGAGUGUGGAAAAACUUUCAGCAGUAGCAGUUCCCUCACAUGUCACAAAAGAAUCCACACAGGGGAGAAACCCUAUAAAUGUACUGAGUGUGGAAAGAGCUUCAGGUGGAGCAAUCAACUGACUUCCCAUAAAAUGAUCCAUUUGGGUGUGAUACCCUAUAAAUACACCGAGUGCAGAAAAAGCUUCCAGGAAAACGGAUCCCUUACUUCACACAAGAGAAUCCACACAGGGGAGAAGCCGUAUAAAUGCACAGAAUGUGGGAAAAUAUUUCGGAAAAGGAGUUCACUUACUCCCCACCAAAGGAUCCACACAGGAGAAAAACCCUACAAAUGUACAGACUGCGGAAAGAGCUUCAGUCAAAACAGUAACCUUAUUUCACAUAAAAGGAGCCAUUCAGGGGAAAAACCCUAUAAAUGUAUGGAAUGUGGGAAGAGUUUCAUGUGGAACGGUCAGCUUACAUCACAUAAAAGCGUCCAUACAGGGGAAAAACCCUAUAAAUGUGUAGAUUGCGGGAAAAGCUUCAACAACAGCAGUCACCUGACUUCCCAUAAAAGAAUCCACUUAGGGGAGAAACCAUAUAAAUGUCUGGAGUGUGGAAAGAGCUUCCGUGAAAAUGGGUCUCUGACUUCACACAAAAGGAUCCACAUAGAAGAAAAACCAUAUCAAUGUGUGGAAUGUGGGAAAAUAUUUCAAAGGAAAGGUUCCUUUAUUUCUCAUAAAUGUACCCGUACCGAAGAGAAACCCUAUAGAUGUCUGGACUGCGGGGAAAUAUUCCGAAAAAGCAGCUUCCUUAUUUCCCAUAAAAGAAUCCACACAGGGGAGAAGCCGUAUAAAUGCACAGAAUGUGGGAAAAUAUUUCGGAAAAGCAGUUCACUUACUUCCCACCAAAGGAUCCACACAGGGGAAAAACCCUACAAAUGUACAGACUGCGGAAAGAGCUUUAGUCAAAACAGUAACCUUAUUUCACAUAAAAGGAGCCAUUCAGGGGAAAAACCCUAUAAAUGUAUGGAAUGUGAGAAGAGUUUCAUGUGGAACAGUCAGCUUACAUCACAUAAAAGCAUCCAUACAGGGGGAAAACCCUAUAAAUGUGUAGAUUGCGGGAAAAGCUUCAACAACAGCAGUCACCUGACUUCCCAUAAAAGAAUCCACUCAGGGGAGAAAUCAUAUAAAUGUCUGGAGUGUGGAAAGAGCUUCCGUGAAAAUGGGUCUCUGACUUCCCAUAAAAGGAUCCACAUAGAAGAAAAACCAUGUCAAUGUGUGGAAUGUGGGAAAAUAUUUCAAAAGAAAAGUUCCUUUAUUUCUCAUAAAUGUACCCGUACCAAAGAGAAAUCAUAUAAAUGUCUGGAAUGUGGAAAGAGCUUCCGUGAAAAUGGAUCUCUGACUUCCCAUAAAAGGAUCCACUCGGGCAAGAAGCCCUAUAAAUGCACGGAGUGUGGGAAAUGCUUCUGGAGGAGCAGUUCCCUUUGUUCGCACAGAAGAAUCCACACAGGAGAAAAGCCUUACAAAUGCACCGACUGUGGAAAAAGCUUCUGUGAAAAUGGAUUGCUUACAUCCCAUAAAAGGAUUCACACAGGGGAGAAACCUUACAAGUGCCCAGAGUGUGGAAAGAGAUUCAAUACAAGCAGUAAUCUUUCCUCCCAUAGAAGGAUCCAUUCUGAGGAGAAACAAUAUAAAUGUGUGGAGUGUGGAAAGAGCUUUACUCAGAGUGCUUGCCUUAUUUCUCACAAAAUAAUCCACAGGGGGGAAAAACCAUAUAAAUGUGUGGAGUGUGGAAAAAGUUUCAGAUGGAGCAGUCACCUUACUUCCCAUAAAAGGAUCCACACAGGGGAGAAGCCCUACAAGUGCCGGGAAUGUGGGAAAAUAUUCCGGAUAAGCAGUUCCCUAACUUCCCACAAACGGCUCCAUACUGAGGAGAAACCAUAUAAAUGCAGGGAUUGUGGAAAGAGCUUCCGAGAAAACGGGUCCCUCACUGUUCAUAAAAGGAUCCACACAGGGGAUAAACCAUAUAAAUGCGCCAAGUGUGGGAAAAGCUUCCGAAAGAGCAGUAACCUUACAUCCCACGUAAGGAUCCACUCAGGGGAUCCCGAGGAAAAUGAACCUGAUCAGGAGGCUGUUGUGCCGACAUCACAAACGCUCAAGAAUGAACUGAGAAAAGAGACACUGGGAAAAUCAGUGAGGACCCUGAAGUAAAAUUAGGAGAACGUCAAGAAAGUGUAGAAGAAAUCCUUUGAGGUCUUUUUCUAACAUGCUACAGUCCUGGAAUCCUGAAUGGCAGACAGAAUUAAGAAUGGAGAAUCACAAUUGCUCAGUACAUCAUCAUAGCACCAGUGAAGGAGAAUAGUUAUACUGUAAAUGUAAUAGCAUUGAUGAUGUUACCUAGUUUGGGUAAUGAAAUAUCUGGUUUGGUGGUUUUGGUGGUUUCAUUCAACUUGUAUGCCGCCCUAUUCCCGAGGGACUCAGGGCGGCUAACAAAACCGGAAGGGAAGGGAAAACAAAAACAAACAACAAUACAGAACCAAUUUAAAAGGUAUCAACAAGCACACCAGUUCGAGUGGGGAUGGAACUCAGCGUCCCCAGGCUUGCUGGAACAGCCAGGUCUUGACGUCUAUACGGAAAGCCUGAAGGGUGGUGAGGGUCCGCAAGAAAACAAGCAAGCUCAGUGAGCGUCAAGGACCCUUCACAUGAUCAUAGAGUUAUAUAGUUAUCAUAUUGUUAGUUAUGAAGCUGUGGACAAUGUUCCUCCAAGCCUUCCUGUCCUCUACCAUUCCCCGGAGUCCAUUUAAGGUCACAUCUACUGCUUCGGUGACUCCAUCCAACCACCUCAUUCUCUGCCGUCCCCUUCUUUUGCCCUCCAUUUUUGGUUCCAGAAGUUUUCAGGGAGGCCCGUUACCACACAAAUGGGAUCUGCGUGCGCAUGUGCAGGGGUGGGGCCUGCAGGUGGGGCAUUGGAUUAUGUGUGUUGACACAAGUGUGCAUGCUUUUGGCAUCUGACAGAAAAAAGGUAGAACAUCCUGCACCCCGGGGUGAGAUCUUCCCCUAUCCUGUCUUCUCUUAAGAAACUGAAGACAUGGCACUACUGGUGGGCUUGGGGACCUAACGGCAGAGUAACCACACUGGAGGUGGCUUUUGGACUAAUAGUUGAUCCCACCUGUCUCCCAUGCAACCUGGCUAUCUCUCCAUCCAUCUUUUAAUUAGUAUUGCUGUACUUUCCUUAUUUACUUUUAUUGUUUUACUGUUGCUAUAUUUACAUUUUUACAAUAAUUUUACAUUCUACUAUUGUAAGCCACCGAAAGUAGCCUCAAGGCAAGAUGAGCGGUACGUUUUGUAAUAAAUAA